AGAGGACUGUGUACACCACUACAUCGUAUCUACUGUUAUGAACCUGUUCCCGUAUUCACAUUUUCCAUUUAACAGCUGUCAGUUGUUUGUUUUUUUGUGUUUUCAGGGUGGGGUCAAGCAGUUUGCAUGUGAUGACUGAUAAGAAGGUUCUUUUUUUUCCCAGUGUGAGGCCUUUUCAGUGUGAGAGGAGUGACAUUUCUAUUGCCCUUGCCUAAUGCAGUUAAAACAUGUACCAGCAGGUGCUUAUGUGACAAAAGAUGAUGCUCUUUUUUUCCUCUCUGGACUCUACAGAUGGUUUGUAUGAGCAUAAAAACGUUCACUACAUCACCGCUCUACCUUGCAUAGGGAGGCUCUGAUGACACUUUCACUUGACCUGGCAAUAAACCAUAUUGCCACUAAAACAAUUUUACGAGCACAGAGCACUUUUGAUGACUUUGAAUCCAGAUUCAUUUUAUGAAGGGAAAAGUGGUGAAAAUGAAGCCUCUCUUUAAUUGGCUCGCCGUGAUCUUGUUUUUACACCACUAUGGUGUGUCUGGUGCUGAUACAGACAGAGUGUCAGUGUCUGUGAAGGAGGGAGAUUUAGUCACUCUACACACUGGUGUUGAGCCAGGCAAACUAAAUUAUAUCGCAUGGUAUUUUAAUGACACUCAAAUCAACGGAAAUCUCAGUCAUAAUCAUACAGAUGUUCAGUGUAAUAAAGGGACUGAGAGAUUCGGAGACAGACUGAAGCUGGACAAUCGGACUGGAUCUCUGACCAUCAUGGACAUCAGAAUCACAGAUGCUGGAGUUUAUAAACUACAGAUCAUCAACAGCAGCAGCAGUAAAAAAUUCAGUGUUGAUGUCAGUGGUUUGUCUGCUACUGAACGAUAUCAAAUCAGACACGUGAUGAACGGAGAAUCUAUCACUUUAGUAUCCGGUGAAGCAAAAGACAAGUGUUAUUUAAUGACGUGGUACUAUAAUGACAAUCUCAUCACUGAAAUGACUGGAGAUCAGAGUAAGAUCUGUACGGAUGAUCAGUGUAAAGAGAGAUUCAGAAACAGACUGAAGCUGAACCAAACCACUGGAUCUCUGACCAUCACAAACAUGAACAUCACAGACUCUGGAGUCUAUCAACUACAGAUCAUCAUCAGCAACAGCAGUCUUUGUAUCGCCAGAGUGAAGAGAUUCACCGUCACUGUCUUCUUUCCCGCGGUGGGGAUUUGUGUUCUUGUUGUUUUGCUGUUGAUGAGUGCGACUGUAACUGCUGGUGUGAUCUACUGUCGCCAGAAGAAAUAUAAACCGCAAAUACUGAACAUGAGAAUGAUGUUAUCCCGCCACCGAAUCAGAAAGACGUUGCUUAAGGGACUUGGCAUGACGUUAAAUCAGACUCAGGACGAGGCUGGUUAUAAAUUAGUAUAAUGUUAUUGAUCAUUUUGAUACUUUCAUUGUUUCAUAAAUACAUUAUUAGGACAUGACGAUGGAAAGAAGAGCAGCUGAAACUUAGCUUUGUGGAGAAAUCCAUAAGUUAAUGACUUAGUGUUUUGUGUAUUAAUGUGGGCCUUUAACAGUCAAACCUGACUUUGCUGAGAGUAUGUCUGAAGUUCAGUGCCUGUAAGACGCAAUGUUGUUAUUAUUAUUAUUAUUUUUUUUCUGAAACAGAUAAACAAGGAAAUUAAUCUUUGUAUGUUUGUGAUAUUUUUAAAAAUAGGACUCACUCGUGACAGGAGGAGUCUGGGUGUCUCUAAAAUAUGUCUGUGUGAUCAGAAAUUACAUAAUCAGAUUCCAACACCGAAUAACUGUUUUCGGUAUGAGCUUAACUGCACAGGCGGAGUAUCCUGUAACAGAUUGUUAUGCUGUAUUUGUGCUAUUUCCCUUUAUUGUUCUGUUUUCCUUUCUGCCGCUUAGGGUGUGUGGGGAUUUUUAGCCACAAAUCAGGUUAACUGAGGCCGAUCGGAAGGAAAGUCACCAAGCCAGUUUGACUUAUGGACCUUGAGGCCGGUGAGAAGUUUGAAAGACACUGGCUCCCCGGGGGGCAUCGUGUUUUUCUGGUGUGUAAAUAAUUUUUUAGGCCUAUUGCACUUUUUUUUCAUCCAUGCUUGCAAUAUUAAUGUCAUAUUAUUGAACUUCUCAUUCGGAAGAAACAAUUCUUUGCAACCACUACUGGAAUCGUGAUCCAUGAAUAAAUGGAUCAUAAAUGGAUGACAUGCAUCUUCAACCGGGGAGAAAAGCAAUCACGAAAGCAGAAAUUAUUACAAAAUGACUGCUUUGGUAGUUCUAGUGUUAAAGGCCUUAAAGUGCUUGAAACCUGCAUUGCUGCUUGCAGUAAUAAAAUGUCUAAAGUUAGGUGAAAUAUGUUCAUUCAGCGUUACACUGAAAAAUGACUUAUUCUGACCUGUACUUACUUAAAUACACAAAAUAAAAAGUGAUUAUACUACA